CGUUUCUCUCACUCCCUACACAAGUAGAAAAACCAAGCAGACCUGCAAAAAAUACCUCACACUACGGUCACUAGUUCCCGCCGUUCGUUUCUACUAAUUCCAAUUUCUCAUAAUUUCUAGGGUUUCAGCAAAGGAAUCCUCCGUGUAGAGCAAACUAAAAAAAUGCUUAUGCAACUGCCUCGCUUGACAAGCUCUCUGAGAGAACCGUUCGACGUCGAUCAAGCCUAUCUCGACCGCAAACUCAUUCUCCAGAACAGUGUAUUCAAGCCUCGCAAAGAUGCAAAUUCACUUAAUGAAUCGGAGCUUGCUAGGAAGAUAGUUGAUGGAUGGGAAGAAGCUUCAACGGAAGUGAGACAAGCUUACAAGCAGUUUACGGCGGCUGUUGUGGAGUUAAUUGAUGGAGAAGUGCCUUCCGAGGAGUUUCGUGAGGUAGCGUUAACUGCUUUUCGACUGUUUGCUGGACCAGGGACAGAAUAUAAUGAGGAGGCUACUGUUAAGUCCAAUAUUCUCGAUAAUAAAUCAGAAUUGCAGAAAAUUAUUGGUCAUGCAGUUUCAGAUGCUAAUCUUGGGAAAGUUGCCACUUUAGCUCAGAGACUUUCCAGUUUGCAACCAAGCAACCAUAUGGCUGCACUUGUUUCAGAAAGCCAUGUGAACGGGAGCAGUGAUAAUCUGGAAUUUGGUGCUGACCUUGCUUUUGAAGCUCCAGCCAGGUUCUUGGUGGAUGUUACUCUGGAGGAUGGGGAACUAUUGGGUGAGGAAAGUGCUGGACCUUCUUCUGCAUUUCAGGAAGGAUGGUAUGAUCAUAGGGACUAUGAACACAAUCAUUCUAUUGCUAAUGGUGGGAAAUUUGAUUUAAGCUGGUUAAGAGAUGCGUGCGAUAAUAUUGUUAGAGAAAGCACUUCACAACUUUCCAGAGAUGAUCUUGCAAUGGCUAUAUGCCGUGUACUCGAUUCAGAUAAGCCUGGUGAGGAGACAGCUAGUGAUUUGUUGGAUCUCGUCGGAGAUAGCGCAUUUGAAAUUGUUCAAGACCUAAUGUCGCAUCGCAAAGAACUUGUUGAUGCUAUCCAUCAAGGAUUGUCAGUAUUGAAAUCAGACAAAACGAUUUCAAGCACUCAAUCACGUAUGCCUAGUUAUGGCACCCAGGUUACUGUCCAAACAGAAACUGAAAGGCAAAUUGAUAAACUUCGGCGCAAGGAGGAAAAGCGACAUAGACGUGGAGCCGAACACGGAAUUGAUAAUGAUGCAUCAGCUGGAAAUUUUUCUUCUUUACUUCAAGCAAGUGAAAGAAAAAAACCAAUUGAUAAUCUAAUUGGGCAUGGCCCAGGGCACCACUCAAUGUCGGUAACUGCUCUUCCUCAAGGUACUACCAAGAAAUAUUGCGAUGGCUAUGAGGAAGUUAUUAUCCCUCCAACACCAACUGCACAAAUGAAACCUGGAGAGAAACUGAUUGAGAUUAAGGAGUUGGAUGAUUUUGCCCAAGCUGCUUUUCAGGGAUACAAAUCCCUGAACCGUAUUCAGAGCCAGAUAUUUCAAACAGUUUAUUACACUAAUGAGAAUAUACUUGUAUGUGCACCAACUGGAGCUGGGAAAACGAAUAUAGCCAUGAUAUCCGUUUUGCAUGAGAUUGGGCAGCACUUCAAGGAUGGUUACUUGCACAAAGAUGAGUUUAAGAUAGUUUAUGUUGCUCCUAUGAAGGCAUUAGCUGCAGAGGUUACAUCAACAUUUAGCCAUCGGUUAUCUCCACUGAAUAUGGUUGUGAGAGAACUUACUGGGGACAUGCAGCUGUCUAAGAAUGAACUUCAAGAAACUCAGAUGAUAGUGACAACACCUGAGAAAUGGGAUGUCAUUACUCGUAAAAGCAGUGACAUGUCGCUUUCAAUGCUUGUGAAGCUUCUAAUCAUUGAUGAAGUGCAUCUCUUAAAUGAUGAUAGAGGCCCUGUGAUAGAGGCACUUGUUGCUAGAACACUGCGCCAGGUGGAAUCAACACAGACAAUGAUACGCAUUGUUGGACUUUCAGCCACUUUACCCAACUAUUUAGAGGUUGCUCAAUUUCUUAGGGUGAAUCCUGAGACAGGGCUCUUCUUCUUCGAUUCUAGUUAUCGUCCUGUGCCUCUUGCACAACAAUACAUUGGAAUUAGUGAGCAGAACUUUGCACGCCGCAAUGAGUUGUUGAAUGAUAUUUGUUAUAGGAAGGUCGUCGAUUCAUUAAAGCAAGGUCACCAGGCAAUGGUUUUUGUUCAUUCAAGAAAGGAUACCGUAAAAACAGCAGACAAAAUAGUUGAGCUUGCUCGAGAUUAUUUUGAAUUGGAGCUCUUUAGAAAUGACACACAUCCACAAUUUGAUUUAAUUAAGAAAGAUGUUGUUAAGUCUAGAAACAAAGAUGUUGUCCGACUCUUCGAGUUUGCUAUUGGCAUUCAUCAUGCUGGGAUGCUACGUGCUGACAGGGUUUUGACUGAGCGGCUUUUCUCUGAUGGACUGUUGAAGGUACUUGUUUGUACAGCAACUUUGGCAUGGGGUGUAAAUCUUCCGGCUCACACUGUUGUAAUUAAGGGGACCCAAAUAUAUGAUCCAAAGGCUGGUGGCUGGCGAGACCUAGGCAUGCUUGAUGUUAUGCAAAUCUUUGGAAGGGCUGGGAGACCUCAAUUUGACAAGAGUGGUGAAGGCAUUAUAAUCACAUCUCAUGACAAGCUGGCCUACUAUUUGAGAUUGCUUACAAGUCAACUUCCCAUUGAAAGUCAGUUUAUUAGCUCUUUAAAAGACAAUCUAAAUGCAGAGGUGGCAUUAGGUACUGUUACUAAUGUCAAAGAAGCAUGUGCUUGGCUCGGGUAUACUUAUCUUUUCAUCAGGAUGAGGCAGAAUCCAUUGGCAUAUGGUAUUGGAUGGGAUGAGGCUAUUGCAGAUCCUUCUUUGAGUUUAAAGCAGAGAUCUCUUGUGACCGAUGCUGCACGUUCACUUGACAAAGCUAAAAUGAUGAGGUUUGAUGAGAAAAGCGGCAACUUUUAUUGUACAGAACUUGGUCGCAUAGCCAGCCACUUUUAUAUCCAAUAUUCUAGUGUUGAAACUUACAAUGAGAUGUUGAGACAUCACAUGAAUGAUUCCGAGAUCAUCAACAUGGUUGCCCAUUCCUCUGAAUUUGAUAAUAUUGUUCUUCGAGAGGAGGAGCAGAAUGAGCUUGAGAUGUUGAUGCGCACAUCAUGCCCUCUAGAAGUUAGGGGUGGUCCUUCAAAUAAACACGGAAAAAUUUCAAUUCUCAUUCAGCUAUACAUAUCUCGUGGUUCAAUCGAUAGUUUUUCAUUAGUCUCUGAUGCUGCUUAUAUAAGUGCAAGCUUGGCUCGUAUAAUGCGUGCAUUGUUUGAGAUUUGCUUGCGCAGAGGCUGGAGUGAGAUGUGUUUGUUCAUGUUAGAAUAUUGCAAGGCUGUAGAUCGCCAAAUUUGGCCUCAUCAGCAUCCCCUUAGACAAUUUGACAAGGAUCUUUCGCCAGAAAUAUUACGGAAGCUUGAAGAACGGGGAGCUGAUUUGGAUCGUCUGCAGGAGAUGGAGGAAAAAGAUAUUGGAGCACUUCUUCGUUAUCCUCUUGGAGGGAAGUUGGUUAAGCAAAAUUUAGGAUAUUUCCCAUGGAUCCAGUUAUCGGCAACUAUAAGUCCAAUCACCAGAACUGUUCUGAAGGUUGAUUUGAUCAUAACUCCUGAUUUCAUAUGGAAAGAUCGUUUCCAUGGUGCUGCACAGCGUUGGUGGAUUCUUGUUGAGGAUUCUGAGAACGAUCACAUCUAUCAUUCGGAGCUUUUCACUUUGACAAAGCGCACGGCACGAGGAGAACCUCAGAAGCUCACAUUUACUGUCCCGAUUUUUGAACCACAUCCACCGCAAUACUACAUUCAUGCUGUUUCCGACUCUUGGCUGCAAGCAGAAGCUUUGUAUGCUAUUUCAUUCCAUAAUCUAGCACUGCCCGAGGCCCGUACUACACACACAGAACUUUUAGAUCUGAAACCUCUGCCUGUGACCGCACUUGGAAACAAUACAUAUGAAGCCCUAUACAAAUUCUCACAUUUCAAUCCUAUACAGACACAGAUUUUUCAUGUUCUCUUUCACACAGACAACAAUGUUCUGUUAGGAGCUCCCACAGGAAGUGGGAAAACUAUAUCUGCAGAACUUGCUAUGCUUCGCCUCUUCAAUACACAGCCGGAUAUGAAGGUUAUCUACAUAGCUCCUCUGAAGGCCAUUGUACGGGAGAGAAUGAAUGACUGGAGAAAAGGUCUCGUCUCUCGUCUUGGGAAAAAGAUGGUGGAAAUGACUGGAGAUUAUACUCCAGACUUGAUGGCCCUCUUGUCAGCAGACAUUAUUAUAUCUACCCCUGAAAAGUGGGAUGGCAUCAGUCGUAAUUGGCAUAGUCGAAGUUAUGUGACAAAGGUUGGGCUUAUGAUUUUGGAUGAGAUUCACUUACUGGGAGCUGAUCGUGGGCCCAUCCUUGAGGUUAUUGUUUCAAGAAUGAGAUAUAUAUCAUCCCAAACAGAGCGGCCGUUACGGUUUGUAGGCCUUUCUACAGCUUUGGCAAAUGCAGGUAAUCUGGCUGAUUGGUUGGGGGUUGGGGAAAUUGGAAUCUUCAAUUUCAAGCCAAGUGUGAGGCCUGUGCCCCUUGAAGUACAUAUCCAGGGAUAUCCCGGAAAGUAUUAUUGCCCGAGAAUGAAUAGCAUGAACAAACCAGCCUAUGCUGCUAUAUGCACACAUUCGCCUACAAAACCUGUACUCAUAUUUGUAUCAUCUCGUCGGCAGACAAGACUUACUGCACUCGACCUCAUUCAGUUUGCUGCUGCUGAUGAGCAUCCAAGGCAGUUUCUUAGUAUUACAGAAGAAGCGCUUCAGAUGGUUCUUUCUCAGGUCACUGAUCAGAAUCUGAGGCAUACUUUGCAGUUUGGCAUUGGGUUGCAUCACGCCGGAUUGAAUGACAAAGAUAGAUCUUUGGUCGAGGAGCUAUUUGCAAACAACAAGAUCCAGGUUUUGGUGUGUACAAGCACGCUCGCUUGGGGUGUGAAUCUUCCUGCACAUCUGGUUAUUAUUAAGGGAACAGAAUAUUAUGAUGGGAAGUCGAGGAGAUAUGUCGACUUUCCUAUCACAGAUAUCUUGCAAAUGAUGGGCCGUGCAGGCCGCCCACAGUUUGAUCAGCAUGGGAAAGCAGUCAUUCUUGUUCAUGAACCCAAAAAGAGCUUCUAUAAAAAGUUUUUGUACGAACCAUUUCCUGUUGAAAGUAGUCUGAAAGAGCAGUUGCAUGAGCACUUCAAUGCAGAAAUAGUUACCGGCACAAUUACCCACAAAGAGGAUGCAGUCCAUUAUCUUACAUGGACAUACUUAUUCCGAAGACUGAUGGUUAAUCCAGCCUACUACGGUCUAGAGAAUGCAGAUCCAGAAACUUUGAGUUCUUUUUUAUCCAGGUUAGUGCAAAAUACAUUUGAAGAUCUUGAAGACAGUGGAUGUAUUAAGAUGAAUGAAGAUAAUGUGGAACCUAUGAUGUUAGGCAUGAUAGCAUCGCAAUAUUACCUUAGCUACAUGACUGUGUCAAUGUUUGGAUCAAAUAUAGGGCCAGAUACAUCUCUUGAAGUAUUUUUGCAUAUUCUGUCCGGCGCAUUUGAAUAUAAUGAACUUCCUGUGCGGCAUAAUGAGGAAAAUUAUAAUGAAGCACUGUCUCAGAGAGUUCAGUAUAUGGUGGACAAGAAUCACUUAGAUGAUCCACAUGUCAAAGCAAAUCUUCUAUUUCAGGCACACUUUUCCCAGUUAGAGUUACCAAUCAGUGAUUAUGUAACAGAUUUGAAGUCAGUGUUAGACCAAAGUAUUCGUAUUAUACAAGCCAUGAUAGAUAUUUGUGCAAAUAGUGGAUGGCUUUCAAGCUCUAUCACUUGCAUGCGUCUUCUUCAAAUGGUUAUGCAGGGUCUUUGGUUUGAUAAAGAUUCUUCCCUCUGGAUGUUGCCAUGCAUGAAUGCUGAUCUUGCUUCAUCAUUAAGCCAAAAAGGAAUCUCCAAAGUCCAGCAGCUAUUAGAUGUUCCUAGGACAACUUUGCAAGCUAUGGUUGGAAACACACUUGCUUCAAGAUUAUCUCAGGAUCUGCAGCAUUUUCCUUGUAUUAAAUUGAAGUUAAAACUUCAGCAAAGGGAAGCUGAUGGUAAAAAGUCUUUUUCCCUGAACAUCAAAUUGGAGAAGAUGAAUUCUAGGAACAGCACAUCAAGGGCUUUUGCUCCUCGGUUCCCUAAGUUAAAAGAUGAAGCAUGGUGGUUAAUUCUUGGGAACACAUCCACCUCAGAACUGUAUGCUGUGAAGAGAGUUUCUUUCUCCGAUCGCUUGGUUACUCAUAUGAAUUUACCGUCAUCCUUGACCACAUUCCAGGAGACAAAAUUGAUAAUAGUUUCAGAUUGCUACAUUGGAUUUGAACAAGAACACUGCAUUGAAGAACUAGUCAAAUCUCAGGAAAUGAAUUACUAAUUUUUGUUUGCGGGGAUUCCAUCAUAAAGCAGCUUGGAGCUCUGUUUUUUUUGUUGAUACCGUAUUUGGUUAUUUGAGGCUUGAAGCAUAUGGAAAGUUGAAAAAGAGGUCCUUGGAGCCACAUGACUGCUACUUGGACCUGAUCUCUUUCAACAUGCGUUUGCAUAAAUUCUGUAAGUAUUUGGUUUAAGUGUCAUCUUUAUAUAGUACUGCUCUACCGCUUGUGCUUGUAUAAGCGCUUUUAUACAACAUAUGUUUGGUUUAAACGAGUUUCAUUCAAUUUUAUAAAGCUUAUUUGUGAAUAAAUAUAACUGCGUUUGAUUUACUUGGAAAAUUAUUGAGUAACUCCCUACUUUAGUUUUGUAAAAUUUAUCAUGUUUAUAUCAAACAAUUACUAUAUGAAUUUAUUUGAAA